AUGACUGCAGCAGAGCUAGUGAUAACUAUCCUCAACCCCGACCAGCAUGCACACCUCUUCCCCUCACUCGCCCAGAUUCACAUGGACUGCAUCAUGAAGUCGCACACGAUCGCGACCUUCCUGCCUCCCCUCGACCGUGCCGCCUUUGAGAAACACUGGAAAGCCAACGUGGACGAGACGCGUACUGGACGGCGCGACAUCAUCAUGGCAUUGCUCUCAGGCGCGGGAGAAAAUGGCGUGGACCUGCUCGUCGGGUACGUCAUGCUCAUCGACCAGAGCGUCCAGACGGGGCCGUUCCGCGGACGGGUCGAGAAGUUGCUCGUCUCUCCCGACCAUCGCCAGCGCGGGAUCGCGCGUAAAAUUAUGGCGAAGCUUGAAGAGAUCGCUUGGUCACGAGGACUCUGGUUGCUGGCAAGUUUUACACUUGACACCGAGGAAGACAGUCCGGCGGAGUUCGUGUAUCCGCGGUUUGGAUACGUCCGAUUGGGAAGGAUACCUGAUUACUUGAUAUCCCCAAAGGAUGGCAGCUUUAAGGCUGGUAUAUUCUUCCACAAAGACCUACGACAGGGUCGGCUACAAGCUUAG